CCGGCUGGUGUGAAAAGCAGUGGUGGCCACAGAGGUGGCGGAGAGAUGGCCAGCAGCACACAGCCCCCCUACCUGAACCCAGUCGCCCCCUUCUCUGCGACAAUCCAAGGGGGUCUCCAGGAGGGACUUCAGAUCACUGUCCGUGGAACUGUUUUAGCCUCCAGUGGAACCAGGUUUGCUGUGAACUUUCAGACUGGCCGCAGUGACGAUGACAUUGCCUUCCACUUCAACCCUCAAUUUGAAGAAGGCGGUUAUUUGGUCUGCAACACGAAGGAGAAAGGACGCUGGGGGCAGGAGGAGAAGACGCACCUGCCCUUUCAGAGGAGGAGCCCUUUUGAGCUCAGCUUCCUGGUGCUGAGCUCAUGUUUCCAGGUGAUGUUGAACGGGAGCCCCUUUGUGCGGUACCCACACCGUGUGCCCUUCCACCGCGUGGACACCCUCUCUGUCACCGGCACUGUGCAGCUGUCCUCCAUCAGCUUCCAGACUCCAGGGAUCAGGCCGGCCAAUCCUGCUCCCACUUCCAAGAGUGAAACUCUCCUGAGGACAGCAGAGUCUGCCCCAGGUGGUCUCUUUUCAACAGAAUCCCACACCCCUCCUAUGGGCUAUCCCAACCCAGCCUACAUAACUCUGAUGCCUUUCUUCACCAGCAUCCCGGGUGGCCUGUACCCCUCCAAGAGCAUUGUCGUGUCAGGCACCGUCCUGCACAGCGCUCAGUCGUUCCACAUCAACCUGCGCUCUGGGAGUGACGUCGCCUUCCACCUGAAACCCCUUUUCAAAGAGAAAACCGUGGUCCUCAACACACAGAUCGAUGGCUCUUGGGGACAUGUGGAGAAAACUCUAUCUGGAAAAAUGCCCUUCACCCGAGGCCGGAGCUUCUCGGUGUGGAUCACAUGUGAAGCCCGUUGCCUCAGGGUAGACGUGGAUGGUCAGCACCUGUGUGACUACAACCACCGCCUGAAGAACCUGCACGCCAUCAACGUCCUCGAAGUGGCUGGUGACAUCAAGCUGACUCGUUUGCAGACAUAGGAGGGAUCCCUGGCCUGGGGUCGAGGGCUGGGGCACGUUGCUGUCUGGAUCUGCUCAUCACCUCCACCUUCCCCGUCCCUGCCCCAGCCCCAGCCCUCCCCAGCCUGCCGAGGUCUCUUUUCUGGGGAGACCAUGCCCUUGUCUGGUCCUGCUGAGAUUGCAGACAGCCAAGAGUGCCGAGGGCAGCUGGCUGGGACCACCUUCCUUGGUCGGGGCAGGACCUGGGGUUCCAGCUGCCCCAAAUCCCUCCCUCCGAGGAGAGGGGUGGUCCACACAGGCUGCAGCCCCAGGUUCAGUCCCCUUGGCAGAAAGGGAGGAUGCUGGGCCUUCCCAAGCGCCUGGCCCAGGCCUACACCCUGUCUGCCUCUCAGCUGCAUCCCCAGCCCUUUCAGCUCCAGUCAGUCCCAGGCCAGCUGCUCUUCACUCCCCAGGGGAGGUGGUCUCCUCGGCCCCUCCCUGUCUCCCAGCUUCAGCCUCUCCUGCACCUGCACCAGCCCUUCGCCCACUCCAGGAACGCUCCCUGAUGACACCCCACUGGUUUCCUCCAACUGAUGGGACCCCUCUCAGCAGGGGGCUCUCCCCUCCCCACGUCCU